UUUUCUGGUUGACGGUGUUGACUUGAGUGUUUUUAAAGGUCUAGUCGGCUCGGCACUCGGGCCUGCGUCCUAUCGCAUCCUAACUAAACACGUCGGCUUCUUCUUCUUUUUUUAAUCUUUUUACAGCGGCGCCCUAUCCUGGCUCAAAUGUUCAGAUGUUGAAGUAAAACACGGCGGAUGGCACGUGUGGAUGCCAGCUGAACGCAUCCUUUGGGCCUGCACGAGCACUUUGAGUCCACAAUGUCCAGUCACUUCCGCAGUUACAUCUGGGACCCCAUCCUGAUCGUGUGUCAGAUCGUGUUGAUGCAGUGCAUCUUCUACAGCUUCCUGGGCCUGUGGUUGGCGGGGGUGGACAGUCUGGUGCAAACACACCGCUCACUAGACCAGAUCUUCAGCUUUGAAGUCCUGGGGUUUGCAACCAUGCAGGGCAGGCUGUCAAUGAUGGCCUAUGUUUUGAACUCUCUCACCUGUGCUCUGGGCCUGUGGUUCUUCAUCCGCCGAGGGAAACAGUGCCUGGACUUCACCGCCACCGUGCACUUCUUCCACUUAAUUGGCUGCUGGAUGUAUAAUUCUCAGUUUCCUUCCUCGCUGUCCUGGUGGUUGGUCAACGUGGCCUGCAUGGCCUUGAUGGCGGUAACCGGAGAGUACUUGUGCAUGCGGACUGAGCUCAGAGCCAUACCGGUCAAUUCUGGGCCCAAGUCUAAUCUUUGAAUUAUAUAUAUAUAUAUAUAUAUAUAAUAUUUUUUUUGGACUGUGCUGAGAAUGGACAGGUUACUGCGGAGAAAGGCUUUUUCCUUGUCCUCUGUGGAAAGAAAGCCAACAUGGCACAUGUAUCGGACUGGAUUGGUGCAUCAGCCUAUUUAUUACCAACUGCCUAUUUAAACAUGGACAGUUUUAUCUUUGCAGCAUAUUAAGACACUCUUUAGGUUUUCUUCUCUCAACUUCAUGUGAACUGAUACAUUUUUAUUUUGUUUUGUUGGGGUUUUUUUUUUACCUCAGGAUUCAGUACAGUGGUCUAUAUGAGCCCCAUUAAGGUUUAAGAUAUUAUUUCUGUUUAAACUCAUUACAGUUAAAUGUUGUCUAGCUGCAACCUUCAAUUACAAUAUAUGUAUUGUACUAAGUUGUACCAUUAGUGCUAAAUUAUACUUGAGUACAAAGUUAUACAUUAAUACAGGGGUGUCCAAACUAUGGCCUAGUGAGGCUCUCCCACCAGGGGUUCUCUGAAUGUUACUUAUUUGCUGCCAUCUUGUGAACAUUGUGAGAAUAUCAGAUCAAUGACCCUUGGAAUGUACUCAGACAUAAUUCCUUAGCAUUUACUUACAUGACACAGUUCAAACAACCUUCCCGAGUCAAGGUGCAAAAAAAAUGCAACUAACAUAAAGGUCCACACACGGUCACACAUAACACAAACAGCUCACUGAACUUUAUGGAUAUUGUGAUAAACGUUUGAACAUACAAAAAAAUAAAUACAAUUACACCCAUUUAAAUCCAUCAGACUGCAUGAUGGGGAAAAUGUAAAACACUCUCUAAACUUACCCAUGUUUGGCGCAUUUUAGUUAUAUAUAUAUAUAUAUAUAUGUAUAUGUAUAUGUAUAUAUAUACUGCAUAUAUGAACGUAUAUGCAUAUAUAUGUAAAUGUGUAUAUAUACAUAUAUUUCUAUAUAUGUAUAUAUACAUAUGGAUGUGUGUGUGUAU